AUGGCCCGAGCGAAAUUACGGCACUUGCUCGGGGUGAAUCUCCAUUGGAGCUACGCUCCAGCAGAGGUGAAGGUUCUGAUGCGGGGAGCCAAACCAUGGGGUUACUUUGGCUUGUCAGCUGCUGCCGGUGUGAGCGCGCCUUACUCCUUCAUGCUGGUCAGUGGCGGCCCGGCAGUUCGCGAGCAGUGUGUGGUGUCUUCUGGCCACGGCCUUAACGCAGAGCCGUGCUUGGAUGCAAUUGUUGCAGGAGAUGGCCGUGAUGUGUUCACAUUUACCAGCGAAGGAUCGUUGCAGACUGCGUCCGGGUAUUGCGUGCGCCUGGCUGGCGACAAGCUUGAAUUGGAAAAGUGUGACAGCAGCACAGGGGUGUGGGAAGUGAGCGCAGAUGGGCAGGUCAAACAGGGGAACAUGUGCUUGGCUGUGGAUGGCUCUGCUGUGCAUGCCUUGGAUUGCGACGAAGCAGCAUCUCUCGGCGCGAGCAAUUUCUUUCAAGUGGCUGUGCCCGCCUAUGACCCAAAGGCUGUGGUUGCUGUGCGUAGCUUGGGUGAGCUCUUGCGCGGCAGCCUCGCCAGGCAAGGCAAGCUGCUGAAGGAGUUGCAGGAAAGUUUGGCAGGCAAAGUGGGGGAGCACUUUGGGGUGAGCCAGCAUGAGCUCAGCUCAACGGCGGCCGCUUCUGCAGAAGCUUUGGCCGCCUUUCGCAAAGUUGCUUUGAUUCAACUUCGCAUUGGAAUCUUUGGAAUGACAUUGUGUUGCCAGCCUGAGGGAACAAUUCGCUGCCACGGCUGGAAGACAGUAUUGGUGCAGCGCUGGGUCCGGAGACUUGGGAAAGGAUCAUUCACGGCCAGACGGCACUUGCUCGGGGUGAAUCUCCAUUGGAGCUACGCUCCAGCAGAGGUGAAGGUUCUGAUGCGGGGAGCCAAACCAUGGGGUUACUUUGGCUUGUCAGCUGCUGCCGGUAUGAGCGCGCCUUACUCCUUUAUGCUGGUCAGUGGUGGCCCGGCAGUUCGCGAGCAGUGUGUGGUGUCUUCUGGCCACGGCCUGACCGCAGAGCCGUGCUUGGAUGCAAUUGUGGCAGGAGAUGGCCGUGAUGUGUUCACAUUUACCAGCGAAGGAUCGUUGCAGACUGCGUCCGGGUAUUGCGUGCGCCUGGCUGGCGACAAGCUUGAAUUGGAAAAGUGUGACAGCAGCACAGGGGUGUGGGAAGCGAGCGCAGAUGGGCAAGUCAAACAGGGGAACAUGUGCUUGGCUGUGGAUGGCUCUGCUGUGCAUGCCUUGGACUGCGACGAAGCAGCAUCUCUCGGCGCAAGCAAUUUCUUUCAAGUGGCUGUGCCCGCCUAUGACCCAAAGGCUGUGGUUGCUGUGCGUAGCUUGGGUGAGCUCUUGCGCGGCAGCCUCGCCAGGCAAGGCAAGCUGCUGAAGGAGUUGCAGGAAAGUUUGGCAGGCAAAGUGGGGGAGCACUUUGGGGUGAGCCAGCAUGAGCUCAGCUCAACGGCGGCCGCUUCCGCAGAAGCUUUGGCCGCCUUUCGCAAAGUUGCUUUGAUUCAACUUCGCAUUGGAAUCUUUGGAAUGACAUUGUGUUGCCAGCCUGAGGGAACAAUUCGCUGCCACGGCUGGAAGACAGUCAUUGGUGCAGCGCUGGGGUCCGAUACUUGGGAAAGGUCCUGUGACGCGCUUGACGGGGCACUUUUGAAGAAUCUUCGGGAUUUGGCGCCAGAAUCGUCCCGCAGCGAGCCAAUUUCGAAGAAGCAGAAUCUGUUUGGGCUGCUUCCCCGUGGCCAAGCGAAACUAGUCAGUGUUCUGGAUGCGGGGAGCCAAACGCAUGGGUUAGUUCGCGAGCAGUGUGUGGUGUCUUCUGGCCACGGCCUGACCGCAGAGCCGUGCUUGGAUGCGAUUGUGGCAGGAGAUGGCCGUGAUGUGUUCACAUUUACCAGCGAAGGAUCGUUGCAGACUGCAUCCGGGUAUUGCGUGCGCCUGGCUGGCGACAAGCUUGAAUUGGAAAAGUGUGACAGCAGCACAGGGGUGUGGGAAGCGAGCGCAGAUGGGCAAGUCAAACAGGGGAACAUGUGCUUGGCUGUGGAUGGCUCUGCUGUGCAUGCCUUGGACUGCGACGAAGCAGCAUCUCUCGGCGCGAGCAAUUUCUUUCAAGUGGCUGUGCCCGCCUAUGACCCAAAGGCCGUGGUUGCUGUGCGUAGCUUGGGUGAACUCUUGCGCGGCAGCCUUGCCAGGCAAGGCAAGCUGCUGAAGGAGUUGCAGGUUGCUUUGAUUCAACUUCGCAUUGGAAUCUUUGGAAUGACAUUGUGUUGCCAGCCUGAGGGAACAAUUCGCUGCCACGGCUGGAAGACAGUAUUGGUGCAGCGCUGGGUCCGGAGACUUGGGAAAGGAUCAUUCACGGCCAGACGGCACUUGCUCGGGGUGAAUCUUCGUUGGAGCUACGCUCCAGCAGAGGUGAAGGUUCUGAUGCGGGGAGCCAAACCAUGGGGUUACUUUGGCUUGUCAGCUGCUGCCGGUGUGAGCGCGCCUUACUCCUUCAUGCUGGUCAGUGGCGGCCCGGCAGUUCGCGAGCAGUGUGUGGUGUCUUCUGGCCACGGCCUGACCGCAGAGCCGUGCUUGGAUGCAAUUGUGGCAGGAGAUGGCCGUGAUGUGUUCACAUUUACCAGCGAAGGAUCGUUGCAGACUGCAUCCGGGUAUUGCGUGCGCCUGGCUGGCGACAAGCUUGAAUUGGAAAAGUGUGACAGCAGCACAGGGGUGUGGGAAGCGAGCGCAGAUGGGCAAGUCAAAGAGGGGAACAUGUGCUUGGCUGUGGAUGGCUCUGCUGUGCAUGCCUUGGACUGCGACGAAGCAGCAUCUCUCGGCGCGAGCAAUUUCUUUCAAGUGGCUGUGCCCGCCUAUGACCCAAAGGCCGUGGUUGCUGUGCGUAGCUUGGGUGAACUCUUGCGCGGCAGCCUCGCCAGGCAAGGCAAGCUGCUGAAGGAGUUGCAGGAAAGUUUGGCAGGCAAAGUGGGGGAGCACUUUGGGGUGAGCCAGCAUGAGCUCAGCUCAACGGCGGCCGCUUCCGCAGAAGCUUUGGCCGCCUUUCGCAAAGUUGCUUUGAUUCAACUUCGCAUUGGAAUCUUUGGAAUGACAUUGUGUUGCCAGCCUGAGGGAACAAUUCGCUGCCACGGCUGGAAGACAGUAUUGGUGCAGCGCUGGGUCCGGAGACUUGGGAAAGGAUCAUUCACGGCCAGACGGCACUUGCUCGGGGUGAAUCUUCGUUGGAGCUACGCUCCAGCAGAGGUGAAGGUUCUGAUGCGGGGAGCCAAACCAUGGGGUUACUUUGGCUUGUCAGCUGCUGCCGGUAUGAGCGCGCCUUAUUCCUUUAUGCUGGUCAGUGGUGGCCCGGCAGUUCGCGAGCAGUGUGUGGUGUCUUCUGGCCACGGCCUGACCGCAGAGCCGUGCUUGGAUGCAAUUGUGGCAGGAGAUGGCCGUGAUGUGUUCACAUUUACCAGCGAAGGAUCGUUGCAGACUGCAUCCGGGUAUUGCGUGCGCCUGGCUGGCGACAAGCUUGAAUUGGAAAAGUGUGACAGCAGCACAGGGGUGUGGGAAGCGAGCGCAGAUGGGCAAGUCAAAGAGGGGAACAUGUGCUUGGCUGUGGAUGGCUCUGCUGUGCAUGCCUUGGACUGCGACGAAGCAACAUCUCUCGGCAAGCUGCUGAAGGAGUUGCAGGCUCUGCUGCCCAAGCUUGAAAGUUUGGCAGGCAAAGUGGGGGAGCACUUUGGGGUGAGCCAGCAUGAGCUCAGCUCAACGGCGGCCGCUUCCGCAGAAGCUUUGGCCGCCUUUCGCAAAGCUGCUCGCUGA